AUGAAAGGGUUUGUAGAAAAUUAUUAUAUAUGGACUGCUCACGGGGAGAAUUAUGCUAGUUUAGAUGAUGCUAACUUUCAUAAUUCUUUUGGUGCUGAGGGUAGCUCCAUUUCGGAGCAUAAUGUUGAAAAUACUCGAUACAAUGAAAUGAUGAGGGAUGCUUUUGGGACGUUUCCUGGGGUUCAAUCCGAACCAAAUGAUGAGUCUAAGCGUUUCUAUGAACAGUUACUAGAAGCUAGUCGUCCAUUGUAUGAAGGUUCGGUGCAUUCCAAGUUGUGUGUUGCGGUUAGAUUGCUAAGUAUUAAAUCGGAUAGUUCUACUUCCCAAGCGGGUAUGGAUUCUAUUAUUGGGCUUAUGAAUGAAUUUAACCCGAGUAACAUUGACUUACCAAAAGAUUUCUACACUGCUAAAAAAUUGAUUUCUAAGUUGGGUCUUUCAUCAGAGAGAAUUGAUUGUUGUGAGAAAGGUUGCAUGUUAUUCUAUAAGGAUGACGCAUCUCUAAAGAACUGUAAAUUUUGUAAUCAACCUCGUUUUAAGGAAGUGACAAAUGCCAAUACAAAAAAGAAAGUUCCACUUAAAGCGAUGCAUUACUUACCUCUUAUACCUAGGUUAAAGAGGUUGUAUGCAUCAAUGAGCGCUGCUCCUUAUAUGAGAUGGCACUACGAACAUAGAAGGCCACCUGGUAUACUCUGCCAUCCGUCAGAUGGAGAAGCGUGGAAGCAUUUUGAUAGGGUGUUCCCCGAGUUUGCUAGUGAACCAAGAAACAUUAGGUUGGGAUUAUGCACAGAUGGAUUUACUCCAUUUGUUGUCUCUGCUGCACCAUAUUCGUGUCCACGCAAUCCGAAAAGUUUGAUUGAUGUAUACUUGCAGCCUUUGAUUGAUGAGUUACAAUUAUUAUGGCAUCAAGGUGUGGAAACAUAUGAUAUAUCAACCAAACAAAACUUCAGAUUGCAUGCUGCUUUGAUGUGGACUAUAAAUGAUUUUCCUGCUUAUGGAAUGUUGUCCGGGUGGUCGACUGCUGGAAAGUUAGCUUGCCCUUGUUGUAUGGAAGACACUAAAGCAUUUACUUUAAAACAUGGAGGUAAAAAUACAUGGUUCGACUGCCACCGUAGAUUCUUGCCAAUGAAUCAUGAAUUUAGGCGAAAUACAAGUGCAUUUAUGAAGAACCGAACUGAUUUUGAGGAGCCACCGGCCUGCUUGUGUUCAGAAGAAAUUUGGAACAGAGUAAGGGAUAUGCCUAAAGUAACAGAGUCUCCACCAUCUAAGAUACCAGGUUAUGGUGUCACACACAACUGGACUAAACGGAGCAUAUUUUGGGAAUUACCUUAUUGGAAGCACAAUCUUCUUCGGCAUAAUCUGGACGUCAUGCAUAUCGAGAAGAAUUUUUUUGACAACUUGUUUAACACUAUUAUGGAUGUUACUAACAAGACCAAAGAUAACUUGAAAGCCAGGAUGGACUUAAAAGAAUAUUGUAGGCGAAGUGAGUUGUAUCUGACAUACUUCAGCAACAAGAUACAGAAGCCCAAAGCCAAUUACACAUUCACAUUGGAUGAGAGAAAAGAGAUUUGUAGUUGGGUUAACAAUUUGAGGAUGCCUGAUGGGUACACAUCAAAUUUAUCCAGGUGUGUUGACAUGAAAGAAGGGAAGUUGGCGUCAAUGAAAAGCCACGAUUGUCAUAUUUUCAUAGAAGCGUUGAUGCCUAUUGCAUUCAAUGCAUUGCCUGAUCGAAUAUGGAAAUCGAUUACAGAGAUAAGUUAUUUUUUCAAGGAUUUGUGUUCUAGCACAUUGAGGGUGGAGAACUUAAUUUAUAUGGAGAGUAACAUUAUCUUAACUUUAAACAAGCUGGCAAAAAUUUUCCCUCUUGGUUUUUUUGAUGUAAUGGAACAUCUUCCAAUUCACCUUGCACAAGAGGCACGGCUUGGAGGGCCAGUUCAAUGUAGAUGGAUGUAUCCCUUCGAGAGGACUAUUGGCAAAUGUAAACGGACCAUAAAAAAUAGAUCAAGAAUUGAAGGUUCGAUAUGCGAGGCAUAUGUGGCUAAAGAAACAUCUUAUUUCUGUUCAUACUAUUUUGAACAUGAUGUUCCAUGUUUGAGAAAUAGACCGAAUCGGCAUGAUGAUGGAGGCGAAAUCGAUCCUUUGGCACCACCCUUUUCUAUUUUUAAUCAACCAGGUAAAGGAGGUCCAAAAAAUUGUCCAAAGCGAAGGUUGUCUGAGAUGGACCUAAAGUCAGCUACAACACAUAUAUUGUUAAAUUGCCCUGAGGUCCAACCUUAUUAUAGUUACUUUGUGGGUACAUAUGGGCAAGAUGUUGUUUAUCUCAAGUUUUCAGAGUGGUUUAAAGAAUUUUUUCAUACAGAAGAAUGGUCUAAUGGAAAGAAAACCAACAAUAGUGGGGUGUGGGUGAAAGGUGAGGGAGAUGUUGAUUAUUAUGGUGUGCUUCAAGAGAUUUUGGAAUUGGAGUAUGCUGUAGGUUGGCCGAAGAAAAGUUGGUACUCUUUCGAUGUAAAUGGUGAAACAAGUGUAUUAUGCUCCUUAUCCUUUGAGCAAGAUAAGUCUGCAUGGCGUAGUAAUUUUGAAAACAAAUCCCGUGGNGAUGAUGAAUUAGCAGAUGAAUUGCAGCAUAAUGAAGGGAUAUAUGAAGAAUUUGAUCCUUCUGUCCUUGCUACAAAUGAGGACGAAGAUAGAGGUGUAGAACAUGAAAUAAGUGAUGAGGAAGAAUUACAAGAUGAAAGUGAAACAGGCGAUGAUGAAGACUUAGAUGAUUACUAUGAAGAUAGAGAUGAAGAUUAA